CUAUUUGAAUGGCUCAGCCAACGCAUCGAACGAAUUUUAAUGGAGCAUGCUAGCAUGGGAACGACAACAACACAGGUGGCGGACUUCGAAGACUUCCACAGAAGGUUGGAGCAUGAGUUGAACUCACGUGAAGCGGAGUUGCAUGAUAUCAAAGCUGAAAUAGAUCGCGUGUCGCCAUCCUCCGAAAAGGCUUCCCUAGAGCUCCGCUGGAACGAAUUAUCCACCCGGUGGAACUGCUGCCGUCAAACCAUUCACCUACGCCUCGGAUUGGCCGGAAAGUUCUUAAGUGUCCUCCGUCGCGUGCGUGAUGAUGAGCAUCAACAAAAUUUGAUAUCCGAACGAAUGCACCAGCUCUAUGCAAUGAGCCCAACGACUCUCAGUGAAUUUGCCAAGGAACGGCUCACUGUAGGACCCAUAGAUGUCGAAGGCCCGGACACGCUCCGCACAGAGGUUACUCUAGUCAUCUCUAGAAUUGAGGACCAGCAGACACUCCUCAGAGACUACAUUGAUCAGGUCACCCAAAGAGCAGACCGUGACUUCAAUGCCGCAGAACCCAUCCGAUUCUGUCAGCAACAAACUCAGUUAAAUGCUCGUCAACUGGAGCGACUACGUGAAAGCUGGGUUAAUUGUGAACGCUUCUGGGAACAGUGGAAAAUGGCACGAGAAUACUGGCUCCGAUUUAGUCAGGAAGCACGCCAGCUGGACGAAAUGCUGGUUACGUCCCUGUCGCAAAUGUCGCGCGCGUCGCUGCCCUCUAAACCGUCCGAGUGCGACAUAGACAUGCGAAACCACCAGCAAGAGCGAGAGCGUAUCGACAGUCUCACUUCGUCAGUCCGGGCAAAAGUACAUCAGCUGGGAAGCCUGAUCGGAGCCAGGCUGGGCGAUGCAAUGGAUGAAGGUCGUGGUUGGAGGUUGAUCGAAGUACCGACAGGACCAGAGGAUGGAUUACCGGCUUCAUCUCUUGGUAAACGUGUACGCAGUGAACUGGUAAUGCAGCUGGCUGGACUAGAGACCAGAUGGUCUGCCUGGGAUAGAGCAUGGUCUACCAGGCGAUUCCAAUUGGAGAGACGCGGUGAACAAGUUGGCAGACUGGCAACCAUAGAGGAGGUUGAAGGUGAAAUAGCCAUGGCAGAAGGUGAGCUCAGGACUAUAUCAAUGGCCGUCUCUCUGGACGCACCGAUCGAGCAAGUGGAGCGGGCCGAGCUUGAGCUAAACCAACUAGAAGCAACUAUUCCGGUUUUGCAGACUCGUGUCCGUUCGACUGCACCAGCAAUUCGUAUGCAACUGUUCCAUGGCGAACCAGAUGAACUUGGUACGAGUGAAUUGCCGAUUGAUCUUACCGACCGUCAACAACAACUCCUAACUCGUUUCGAUCGACUAAUGACCGACACCUCUCGAUGCCGGGUUGAAGUCAGCUUAACUCUGCGUUUGCUGCGUGCUAUCGCAGUGGCGGACAACGCAGUAUCGCAGCUUACGUUCAGUCUAACUGCGGCGAAAGAUCGUCUUCGAAAAGUGCCACAAGAAGACCGGGUAUCAUUACAAACCAUGCGUUCUGAAAUUGAGGAGCAAUAUAUUAGAACUCAGGCUCUAGCAGAUAUGCAUAUCCCAACACUGGAACAAUUAGCCGCUCAACAUCCCCAAGCUACGGAGGCCAAGCGACGUAUCGAGCCCACCGUAUCGCAGUUCCGGAAUGCUGUGGACGACUUCCAACGGCUCACGGAAGAGGUCCGAGUAAGAUCGGAGAAAUCCCUCUACCUAACGAGACCAGUGGGGGUACCAGUUGCCUCUGAAAUGACCACCAGCCAGUACAUUAGUGCGCCAUUCAGACCAAUGCCACCACACAUUGUUAAACCUCUGAGAAAUACGUUCACCGAAGAAGGAGUGCCUGUCGUUUUGAUGACUGAAUUCAGUUCCGGUUUACCCCCAGAUGCUGAUCUGACCGAUUCCAGUCAGCUGGGUGUGA